CUCUCUUAGAUUUUCUCUGGGACAUUCUGUCGAACACAUGGCCGGCAGAAAAUACAACCUAAACGGUGCCCAUUACGGGCUUCCGAUCAAUACUCCGGCAAAAACCUACGGCCGACGCGGCGCCGAUGUAGGUUGCGGAAUCUGUCGUUGCUGCUUCAAUUGCCUCGCUUGCUGCGGAGGUUGCCUCUUGAGCAUCAUCUGCAACAUCCUCAUCGGCGUAGCCGUUUUCCUCGGAAUCGUCGCUUUAAUCCUCUGGUUUAUACUCCGACCCAACGUCGUGAAAUUCCAAGUCGCGGACGCAAAUCUAACGCGGUUCGAUCUCGACCCUCAAAGCAAUAACCUCCAUUACAACCUCUCGUUGAAUUUCUCUAUACGUAACCCGAACCGACGUCUCGGGAUCCACUACGAUCAGUUAGAGGCGAGUGGUUACUACGGUGACCAGCGUUUCGCCGCCGUGAAUAUGUUGUCGUUUUACCAGGGACAUAAGAACACGACGGAGAUAGGAACAGAGUUUAACGGACAGAGGCUGGUUUUGUUAGGCGCCGGUGGCCGGGAGGAUCUCAGGGAGGAUCAGAAGUCGGGGAUUUACAGGAUCGACGUGAAGCUGAGGUUUAAGAUUAGGUUCAAGUUUGGGUUUUUGAACUCAUGGGCCUUUAGGCCUAAGGUUAAGUGUCAUCUCAAGGUUCCGUUGACUUCCGCUAAUUCUACCGGAGGGUUCCAGUUUCAUCCUACCAAAUGUCACGUUGACCUUUGA